AUGGCUCCAGUACCAGAAGGGUUCGAUGCUGCUCUGUUGGACCUCAUUCUUCCCUUACUUUCGUCUCUGCAACUGAGUGCUCUCUUUACUUGGGGCCUUCAAGGGAUUCUAUGCGUUCAACUCUACAAUUACUACCUCAGUUUCCCAAAGGACCCGAUGCACAUGAAGGUGCUGGUAUACUUCUCGUUCGCCAUAGAGGUCGCCCAGACCAUGAUGGUCACUCGAGAUACGCACAAGGUUUUCGCAGCGGGCUUUGGGGACCUAAUAGAACUGGAUAACCUGCACCUGCUUUGGCUGACUCUCCCUAUUCUCGGAGGAAUAGUUGGAUUGCUCUGUCAUCUGAUGUUCGCAUAUCGGAUAACUCUGCUCUCUGGCUCGAAGGUCGUAGGGUGUAUUAUUGUAGCACUGUCCCUGUGCGCCAGUGUCUCCGCUAUUGUCUUUGGUGGAAAGCUUUUGACCGUUGGCGUCCUAUCCAGGGCUGUCCAGGUCAAACAUAUUUAUCUCACUUGCGGGAUUUGGAAUGGUGCAGGUGCUCUCUGCGACGUCCUGAUCGCCGGAUGCAUGUUCUACUAUUUAUCGAGAAAUCAAACCGGCUUUCAGAACACAGACAUCCUUAUCACACGGAUCGUCCGGCUCUCGAUUGAGACGGGAAUCAUCACCACGACCGCCUCCAUCACGAGUGCCAUCCUCUUCGUCGGCUUCCGCGAACAGCUCACGACGAGCGUCUAUUUUAUAAUCCCGGCCAUCAUGAUCACGCAACUCUACUCCAUCACCAUCCUCGCGACGUUCAACAAUCGUCCGCACGCUGUGGGAGGACCGCCGCCUCUCCCCGACGCAGAGAACUCGUUCGAGAACAAGAGGACGUUUUCGCGGACGUUCGAUAGGAAGGAAAUCCGGAUUGGCCGGAGCGUUGUGAGGCAGGUGUGGGCGGAUGGGGCGCCUGUUGAGCACCUUGAGAUGUACGGCGAAGAAGGGCACUCGAUUAAAGACGACGCUGAAUCGUCCAAGCGAGCCCCAGAUAUCCUGACUAUGCCAGAAGAGGGACCUCGUAAGUUCUGA